UUAAGCAGCUUGAAGGGGUCAGCGCUAGCGGCUAUUUCUAUCCGAGGAAAUCCCCAGGCCAUCUGUGACCAGCGGGAACCCUGACCCUCCUCUUAAGCACAGGGCCGAAUGUCCCUAGCUCCGGAUACGGAAUGCAGGCCUGUAUUGGCUGCUAAGGUGUCUGCUAGUAGGGCCUUCUGCUUGGGAAGGACAGCACGCAUAACUGACUGGCCUGGGACAGCAGGGGAUUCUGAUGGCAGAGGUGGAGGCAGGGGCAGCCUUGGAGGUCCGGGGACUGCCCCCUGAAAUACCAGAUGAGCUGAUUACUCUGUACUUUGAAAACCACCGUCGCUCUGGUGGAGGACUUCUGUUGAGCUGGCAGAGACUUGGCUGUGGGGGUGUCCUCAUCUUUCAAGAUCCUGCAGAUGCAAAGAGGGUCUUAGCCCAGGCAGAGCAUCGACUCCAUGGUGUCCGGCUGAGCCUGAGGCCAGCCCCACCGCGUGCCCCUGAACGUGUGCUUCUCCAACACCUGCCACCUGGCACUUCACCUCUGAGCCUGGAGCAACACGUUCAGGCCUUGCUGGGUGCUGCAGGACACCCGGUGCAGACCUGCCGUGCCCUGGCCAGUCCUCGGCAGGACCGUGCCCUGGUCCAGUUAUCCACGCCCCUUUCUGAGGCAGAGGUCUGUGCCCUGGCGGAACAGGCCCGGAAUCUGCCCCUGAACGGAGCCACCGUGUCCUUGGCCUGGGUGCCCCAGACCCGAGCAGUACGCAUAGUGGACAGCGCUUCUCCCGUGGACCUGUUAUUGCUGGAGCUCUACCUGGAAAAUGAGCGACGCAGUGGUGGGGGACCCCUGGACGGUCUGCGCAGCCUGCCCGGGCAGCUAGGCACUGUUAUUUCCUUUCAGCAGUGGCAGGUGGCUGAACGGGUGCUGAAGCAGAAACACUGGCUACAGGGCAUUGAGUUGAGCCUUGUCCCUCAUUAUGAUGUCUUAGAGCCGGAGGCGCUGGCUGAGGGCGUCAGUGGCGGGGGUCAUUCAGCUAUGCAAGAAUCUGGGGUCAUUGGUCAUGCAUGUACAGGAGCUGGAGGGCUGGCUGGGGCUCGGACUAUGGCUGUGGGCUCUGGGGAGGCACCUCGACACUUAGGAACCCUGCUAAGGCCGGGUCCUGUAGGAGCUCCAGGACAGGCCAUGCGAAUUGACUCGGACUCUGUAAGGUCUCUGGAGCAAGAGGAGCCUAUAAACCCGGGAACUGCAGGAUCUCCAAAGCAGACUGCUUUUAUAAGCCAGGGGAGUAAGGGGUCUUCAAGCCCAGUAGAUCCAGUAGAGAGCUUUACAGAGCUCCCAGAGCAAGUAGGACCCAUGGCCUCGGACUCAGUGGGUGUUCAGGAGCAGGAGGAUCUGGGGGAAGUUGCCACAGACUCACCAGGGCAAGAGGGGCUAGCCAUGGAGUCUGUAGAGACAGGGCUGGAGAGCUCUGAGUAUGGGGAGAUGCAGGAGCAAGAGGGCCUGGUGGAAAUGGUGAUGUCAGUGGAACCAGGGGCGGUGCGCUUCCUGCAGCUUUAUUAUGAGGACCUCCUUGCCAGCCUGGAAGAAGUUGCCCUUUUCCCACUUGAAGGAAUGGAUGUGACCGGCUUUCGGCUGUGUGGAGCCAGGGCCCCCUGCCAGGCAGCCCAGGAGUUGCUGCAGAGCCUGCUGGGGAGCAUUAGCUGUCACAAGCUGAGCAUGAAGCACCCAGGCAGUGCCAGGUUCCUGCUGGGUGCGGAGGGACAGCACCUUCUUCACGGAUUGGAGGCUCAGUUCCAGUGUGUCUUUGGGACAGAACAUCUGGCCCGCGCCACCCUGGACAUAGACCCUGAAAGGACAGAUCCCACUGAGGCCCUCCAAGUCCUCCAUGGCCACAUUACAGGCAUCGAUCAAGAGAACGUGAGACUGGAGGACGUCCGAGAGCUGCUGGCUACCCUGGAGGGCCCACCUGGAGGGGAGGACAGGGUGCCUCUGGAGAUGGAGGAGGAGAAACCUGAAGGACCAGGAGAGACUGUCGUAGAGCAGGAGGAGGAAAUCCCCUCACUUGAGCCUGGGGAGGAGCCUGUGGCCCUUAGAACCAGGGCACCCAGGCAGUUAGAAGAAGAAGCCACACUUCAACUGGCUAUCCACCGGUCCUUGGAGUCUCAAAGCCAGGUAGCUGAUCAGCAGGAGGCUAAUGCACUAAGGCGAGCCAUGGCCCUCUCCCUGUUAGAAGCAGAAGAGGCCCAGGGGGAGGACACUGGGGACGGGGCCCAGCUGGUGGUGCACACAUCCUUUGAGCAGGAUGUGGAUGAAUUGAACCGGGAAUUAUCCAAUGCCUUGGAGGUACACCUUCGGGAGGAGACAGUGAGUCUCCAAGGAUGCACGCUACCCUUGGAGCUUGGGGCUCGUCUGGAGAGGUGUCAUGAUGUGAGUGUUACCCUCCAUGGCGAAUGUGUUGUGCUCCGUGGCUUUGGGGUCCAGCCUGCCCGCGCGGCUCGCCACUUAGCCGCUCUGCUUGUUGGCCCCUGGGACGAGAAUUUGACCUUUCCUUUGGAGGCCUCGAAAACCAACUUGUUCGAACAGGGGCUGAAGGAACCCUUGGGCAGGCUGGAGGCCCUGGAAGAGAAUUCCCAGGAGUUCCAAGAUGUGGUGGGGGCCUUUUAUAAAACCCUGGAUGCUGCCCACAGCAGGAUCCGCAUUGUUCGAGUAGAACGUGUGUCACACCCAUUGCUGCAGCAGCAGUACCAGCUGCAUCGGGAGCGUUUAAUGCAGAGCUGCCAGCAACGCCCAGUGGAGCAGGUCCUCUACCACGGCACUUCAGAGUCUGCAGUGCUCGACAUCUGUGCGCAUGGCUUCAACCGCAGUUUCUGUGGCCGAAACGGUACACUCUACGGACAGGGCGUGUACUUCGCCAAGCGUGCCUCUAUGUCGGUGCUGGAUCGCUACUCGCCUCCCAACGCAGAAGGUCACAAGGCAGUGUUUGUGGCACAGGUGCUGACCGGUGACUAUGGACAGGGCUCCCGCGGUCUGAAGGCACCUCCAUUGAGGGCCUCCGGUCAGGUGCUUCGCUUCGACAGCGCUGUAGACUGCCUUCAGCAGCCCAGAAUCUUUGUCAUCUUUCACGAUACCCAAGCCUUACCGACUCAUCUAAUCACCUGCAAGAACAUAUUCCCGGGUACCCCCUGAUAAUUCUCUUGGUCUCUUGGAUCUCUUUCCUGGACAUUUGAUCUAAGAGGCCAGCUUCUGGUUCCCUACUCUACAAAGUCCUUAAGCGUCAGAGCUGCCCACGGGAGCGCUCCUGUCUUUGGCUGGAUAGACAGGAUGACAGUGGACUGGGGAGGGCCAGACCUAAUCGGUUCCUUGGCCUGCUCGACCGCCAGGGGUCAGCAGAACACGGCAGGAGGGAGCACCGCCAGACACACCCGUCUUGGUUGGACCGCGCCCUAGAGGGGCUCUCUGUCUUUGAAUAAACCUGUACUUGAAACCA